UCGCGGCUCGUUUGUGUUUCAGGAGAGCAUGUCAUAACGCAGAGGAUCAGCUCUUCUGACUGAAGGUCCUCCACACGUCCUGUCGCUCCUCUCCAUCUGUGACCCGUCAUGUCCAUCGCUCUCAAACAGGUGUUCAACAAGGACAAGACGUUCCGGCCCAAGCGCAGGUUCGAGCCGGGAACGCAGCGUUUCGAGCUGCACAAGCGGGCGCAGGCAUCUCUGAGCUCAGGGCUGGAUCUGAGAGCGGCGGUGAAGCUGCCGCAGGGCGAGGAUCUGAACGACUGGGUGGCCGUGCACGUGGUGGACUUCUUCAACCGCAUCAACCUCAUCUACGGCACGGUGUGCGAGUUCUGCACGGAGAAGAGCUGUCCGGUGAUGUCAGGCGGCCCGCGCUAUGAGUACCGAUGGCAGGACGAGCACAAGUACAAGAAGCCCACGCCGCUGCCGGCACCGCAGUACAUGAACCUGCUGAUGGACUGGAUAGAGAUGCAGAUCAAUAACGAGGACAUCUUCCCCACCAGCAUCGGAAUUCCCUUCCCAAAGAACUUCAUCCAGAUCUGUAAGAAGAUCCUGUGCCGUCUUUUCCGUGUGUUCGUGCACGUCUACAUCCAUCACUUCGACCGGAUCCUCCUGAUGGGAGCCGAAGCGCACGUCAACACCUGCUACAAGCACUUCUACUACUUCUCCACCGAACUCAACCUGAUAGAGCGGAAGGAGCUGGAGCCGCUGAAAGAAAUGACCUCUAGAAUGUGUUUGUGAGUGUUUCCAAACAAGCACCUGAGAGGCUGUGAGCUGGUCGUUGCCGUGGAGAUGAGGUCAUCAACAGCCUGUGACAUCAUCACUGAACUCUAGGGCUGAGGCUGACAGUGAGCAGUGCCAUCUAGCGGUGAGGUGCUAACAGAACAAUCAGAGGACUAAUCGAUCACUAGUCGUGUUUCGUCCAGACAUCUGCUCAAAUCCACACUGGACAGCUUAAUUUUAACAUUCAGCUCUGUGAGGUUUGGAUGAGCUGCUUUCAUUCAUCUCCAUGUCAUUUUAUUUCUGUUUGUGUUGCACUGAAAUUAGUUUUAGUCACUGGAUCAUUUGAAGAAACGUCUCGCUGUCUUAGAAAUCUGAUGCUCAGUUCAGCCACAGAGAGUAAUUCUGUGAAUUCUGCUCGUCUUCAGUGGAGGGGAGCUGAAGUGAAUAGAAAUGCUCACACAGUAUCUGCACUGAUUCUGUUCAAAUCUCUAGUUUGCAUCCUGUUACUAAACCACUAAAAUUAAUUAGUUUAAUUGGUGUUGUGUAAGUUCCAUUUUCAAGCUCUCCUCCAUUUUUUUUGUUUGAAACUUGAGCGUCCUGCCCUGUAAAUUUCUUAAA